UUGUUGGCGUCAAGGUCAAUGAUUGGUCCAUGUGGCGCUAUAGCUAUGACCUGAAUGGCAACUUGCACUUGCUGAACCCUGGAAACAGCGCCCGGCUUCUACCGCUGCGCUACGACCUGCGUGACCGCAUCACACGCCUCGGGGACAUGCAAUACAAGCUGGAUGAAGACGGUUUCCUCAGCCAGAGGGGCUCGGACUUCUUUGAGUACAACUCCAAAGGCCUGCUAGAGAGGGCUUACAGCCACACAGCGGAUGGUUGGAGUGUUCAGUAUCGCUAUGAUGGCCUAGGGCGCCGCGUGUCCCGUCGCACAUCUAGUGGUGACCAUCAGCAGUACUUCUAUGCUGACCUGAAUCACCCAAGCCGGGUGAGCCACAUCUAUAACCAUUCCAGGGCUGAGAUCAAUUCCUUCUACUAUGACCUCCAGGGCCACCUGUUCGCCAUGGAGGUGAAUGGCGGAGACGAGUACUACAUUGCUUCAGACAACACAGGGACUCCGCUGGCUGUCUUUAGCAGCAAUGGGCAAAUGGUGAAGCAGGUGCAGUACACAGCAUACGGGGAGAUAUACCAUGACUCCAACCCAGACUUCCAGCUUGUGCUUGGCUUCCAUGGAGGACUGUAUGACCCUCUCACCAAGCUAGUGCACUUUACCCAAAGAGACUACGAUGUACUAGCAGGCCGCUGGACCUCACCUGACCACACACUCUGGGCAAGGAUAAGCAAAGAGCCAGCACCAUUCAACCUGUACAUGUUCAAGAACAAUAAUCCUCUCAGCGACAUGAUUGAUGUUAAAAACUAUGUAACAGAUGUGAAAAGCUGGCUGGUCAUGUUUGGUUUCCAGCUCAGCAACAUCAUACCUGGGUUUCCUAGGCAUCCAUUAUAUUUUGUUGACCCUCCGUAUGAAUUGCUUGCCAGCCAGGACUGUGACAAUGCCCAGCUGUUCACAGGAGUACAGCAUUCAGUGGAGCGACACAACAAGGCCUUCAUGGCCCUGGAGGGACGGCAGCUCAACAAACAGUGGCGUAUUAAACGAGACAAGCCUGGCUACUGGUUCGGCACCAGCACACCUGUUGUGGGAAAAGGCAUGAUGCUGGCUAUCAGGGAGGGUCACGUUUUGGCAUCUGUGACUAGUGCAGCCAGUGAGGGCAGCCGCAAGAUUGCACAGGUGCUCACUGGCGCCAUCUACCUUGAAGGCAUGCACUAUACAAUAGACAGGCGUGACUGGCACUUCUUUGUGAAGCUUGGACUACCUGAUGGUGACCUCUUGGCCCUAGGGAUCAGUGGAGGGCACAGGACACUGGAGAGCGACCUCAACGUGACAGUAAGCGGCCGAUCGCGUCGCGGGGUCACUGUGGAGAUUCACACGCCAGCACUAGUGUUUAGCGUGCGUUAUGGGAUUGGCGCCGAGCUACUGGAAAAGGAGCGAGCUCGUGUUCUGGAGCAAGCUCAGCAGAGGGCGGUGGCUCGAGCCUGGGCCAUGGAGCAGCAGCAGGUACAGGAGGGCAGAGAUGUGAGCCGAGCAUGGAGCGAGAGCGAGAAGCAGCAGCUCCUAGCAGUGGGGAAAGUCCCAGGCUACGAGGGCUAUUACGUACUCCCCAUCGAGCAGUAUCCUGAACUGGCAGACAGCAGGGCUAACAUCCAGUUUCUCAAACAGAAUGAAAUGGGAAAGAGGUAACAGAGCCAGGCUGCUGCAGCCAUCAUUUCCUCAUCUCCCACAGACAGAGGAAGCAAAUCCAGAAGAGCUGCCAGCAGUUUCCACAGACUUCAUCCACUUUGAAGAAGCUACAGCAUGCAGCCAAAAUACCUGGAUUGGAUAAAAACUUGUACCUACACAGACUUUUUUGUAAGAAAAUGUUUGACUUUUUAAGAGAUGUCAGAGGUUUUUAGACCAUUUUGGGCUUUGUGAUGGCAAGCCUGACAUCCAUAUCAAGGCACCUUACAAAAACAGGAAGCAGAUAACAAACAUGCUGAAAGUUGGUCACCGUCUCAGGCCUCAAAAUAUGAUUGUCAUUUUAAGCCAUCACUUGCCAGUAUAUGUAUUAAAUCUGUGGAUGAUAAACCCGACAGGAUUCAUUUGAAAUAUUUCUGCUAAAUGAUCUUUGAUGUGUUUCGUUUCAAUCUCUUGUCCCCCAAAACUUUCCCACAGGAUUUGACUUGUACUAGAAGAGGGUUGUGGUGAAGGGCACUUCGUUGGAGUACACAUCAAGCGUGGUUCUUGAGAUCUCUGUCCUUUUACAUUUGCACUAUAAGACAAUCACAAGGAGAUUUUCGCUACUGAGCAUGAAUCUCCAUAAAGAUUGAUCUUUUUAUUUACCCUUUGUAUAAUAUGUAAAACUCCAUUACGAUUUUUCGUUUAUUUUAAUUUGCAGCCAAGCAAAGACGUUAUAGAAAGGUAAUAUAUUGUGUCUUUUGUUUAUACUUUAAAUUAUGUCUUUGAAACUGUGAAAUACAUAUUAAUCUUAUACUAUAUGUAAAGCUGUCAGUAAGUAGGAGGACUGGAUUAAAACCGUGUGUACAUUUAUUUAAGGAAGUGACUUUAUGUUUGGCAAAAAUUCAUGUCAAGGAAUAUCCAUGAUAAACAAUUCCUGUGAUGUUGUAGGGGUUUUUUUUCCAUUUUCUAAUUGAGUUCUGUUAUCGUUGCUGUACCAGAAUCUCUUCUCUUUGCCUGUGAAACACCACAGUGGAUGUCAAGAUGUACAGCUAAUGUAAAAACACACUCGGACACUAUGGAAUAUAGAGUCUUUGGGAAUUUGAAAAUAAACCAUUCCAUUUUUACACUUUAAUUGUGCUUUUUCCUCACAUCAGAGCCAAAUUAAUGUAUUUUGUAAGUUUGUGUUCUAAAUUACAUCCAAUUAAAGAACCAGUUAUGCACAGUUGAGAAUGUGUAUGUUCAGCAUUAGGUGUGUGAUUAUAUGUAAUGUAUUAGCUGUGUGUGUGUUAUAAUGUAAAUGCACACAUUUAUUGUGAAAAAUGUCUUAUAUGUGUCUAAGUCUACAAAUGCUAUAAAAAAUGGAAAAGGUAAAUGAAUCAAGAAGAGGUGGUUGUUGAUAAGGAAUUCCUGAAGGAUGCCAAGCAACAGUGUAUGGAUAAAAUGAAGGAGUACAGUAAGAGCACAGUAAGUUGAGCCUCCAUUGUAGAUUUUUAGCAGGGCUAUCAUGGUGUUGCUGUUGCAGUUAAUAACACAAUAAUAGCUUGCACCAAAAUGACUCAAACACCAAAACCAUCUGUGCAGGAAAACUCGGCUAGCUGACUACCUAACUGAGUAGCUCUGUCAAAAUGGCAGAUCACCCAUAAGACAAUAUGUCAUGGCGUCACAUUCCCAAGCCCAUGAAUCAGGUAAAAUGUAAAUUUAAUAUAUAAUGCUUCAUUUGGCUUUUAAUUGUUUUUGUAGCUUUGUUUAUGUGACCAGCCCCUGAGACGUAAACUUAUUCUUUAAACAUCAGAUGUAACCGUUACGCUUUCAUUACCCUGGGGGUAUAUAUCUUUGAGGGUUUCAGCUUACAACUCCCAAUAUUAUUUACAUAUCACAAUUUUUGCUAUUUCUUUGCUUUCAUUAAUUAAUUUUAUUACUGUAUUUAAUAUCUUAAUUUCAUAUAACUUUAUUCAGAAGCAGGGGCGCCAUAACAGGAGGAAGAUUAGGAUUAUUCUAAGUACCCUGGACAGACAGGGGGCCCAGCAGAACCCCAAACUUGAUUGGGGUAUGAUUUUGGUAUUUAAAUGGCCUCUUUGCAAAAUAAUCUAUUAAGAAGCACGCUAUAAUGAACGCCCUCAGACUGGGCCGAGUGCAUGUGUGUGUCCCCUUAAGACGUUCGCGGAUUAUUCAGAAACGCCAAGUACGUAUCACUGCAGCCUUACUUUACGACUAAUCUUACUUACAAGUGGGAGGUACUUGCCUCCAAGUGGGAGGUACUUAGCAACAAGUGGGAGGUUCUUAUGCCACAAGUAGCCGUAUUGCCUCUGGGGGAAAAACCCGAAAUCUUAAUUUACAUGAUAGACACUUCGGUAAGCAAUCAAGGUCAACCUCUAGGUUUGUGCAGCCCACUUAGAGCUAAAGUCCCACCCAUUUGGAGCUGACCCUCCUAGUUGGAGCUGGCUCCGACCUCCAUUUAUACCUAUCACAGAAAUGCGGCACUUCACAGCUGAGUCGUUACAUGCAUCAGGUAUAUAGCAAGAGAUGGCGCAGACAAAAUCGGGAUUAGGGCUGCAGCGAACUAUUAUUUUCAUAAUCAAUUAGUUGGCUGAUUAUUUUUUAGAUUAAUCGGAUGGGGCAAACUUUCAGUACCAUUUUUUCAUUUAUUUAAAACAAAAUCCACAAACUGAGUGUUACAAGUAUAAACUUUACACAACUGCUUAUCCAAUUAUAUGACUGAAAA